GCCCGCAACUUCAAAAUGGAGGAUGAAGAGGUUAAAUUUUGUGAUACUGGUGAUAUCGACAUUUGCGCUUCAAACAAACAAGGAACUUGCUUUUUCUGUCAUUGCAAGUUCUCCAAGUACACAUGUCCCCGUUGUACUGCCAGUUAUUGCUCGACAUCUUGUUAUAAAAGUGAAAAGCAUGUGCAGUGUUCGGAGAAUUUCUAUCGUGAAAAUGUAAUGGAGGAGAUUUCAAGUCGUAUUAAAGAUCCUAAGGAUGUUCAAAAUGUACUCAGAAUGCUGAAAACAUUAGACAAGCAGUACCAAGGUGUUGAUGAAGAAUCUGAUGGGCCAUCUCUCGAGGAAAGAUUCGCGAAUAUUGACUUGGGGACAGCUAAUGUCGACGAUAUUUGGAAUGCCUUGACACCAGACGAGAGAAGAGAGUUUGAAACGAGUGUUCAGGCGGGAAGCUUGUCUUGUUUGAUUGAAAAAUGGAUACCUUGGUGGGAAAAAAAUGAUCAAAGGCCAAUCAAUAAUAGCAUUCAAGUAAUCAAGUCAAGGGAUAGUGAGGAAAAUCAUUCAUCAAAGGACGAAUUGAAGAACCUGAAGCAAAGUYCAAAAUAUCCCAAAGUUCUAGAAAAUAUACCAGCGAUAAAUGUCUCUGUCAACCCAUUGAUUAAAUACAGUAUUGUAGAUGUGUUAUAUGCAUAUGCUUAUGUGAUGCGUAUGUUCAAUGGAGCUCCAGAGGAAAAUCUUCACCAAUCUGUAUUGAUUUUAUAUAGACUUGCAUCAACUUUAUCCAAAAAUAUAAGUUUUGAAAGUGUUGAAGAAGUGGUUCACAAUUCAUUGAAUGCUGUAAUAGAAUGUAAAGACAUUUUCAACUYUCAGGAAUUCUCCUAUAAUAUAUUGUUGGAUGUGUGUGAGUUGUUGUCAGRAUGCUAUUCUGUUGGUGAACUAAACACUACCUUCAUUGACAGUGCACUGUCAGAUAUUUGUCGGCUUCUGACAAAAUAUAAGAAAGCUCUYAAAAGAGAAAUGGGAAAUGACAAAGAGGAUGCUAAGAAAAUGUUUUUGGCAAAGAAGAAAGUUGAAUUCUUUGUCAUAUGGAACCACCCAAACAAAAGUGGUCUUUGGUGUUCACUAGUUGCUGAACUAAAAGCUGUCCACUGUAAAUUGAUAAGUAGCUGGAAAGUGCAUGAUACUGAGUCCAGAAAGAUGGAAAAAAGGUUGAGARGAAAAAACAUURGCAAUAAGGAACUAAUUGAAGAACUAUAGUAAACUCUUGAUAUUGGCAAGCAGGAACUGGGAGUUCAACUCUCCUCAUGAGAUGUGGUCCUGUAAUGGCAAUAGCAGCAGCUCCUACAGGUGCAGUUAAUAAAAUAGACAGCACUGCCAUAGUAACAAUCUAUGAAACAAAGAAGCAUUAGUUGUUAAUAAUCUGACAUCAACAUGGGGUGAAUCAUAUUGUCUUCUCAUUUUCCCUGAUCUAUCCUUUUUUAAAGUCAUAUAAAAUCCAGCUACCUAUGUUUUAAACUUAAAAAACUAGUCAUAGAUAUACAUUUGAAAAAAGCUUUACCUGUAUUCCAUAGAUUUCUUGUAUCUUUCCUGUAUAACCUCUCUGUCUUGCUAUGUCAAGAGAUAAUGAUCCAAUAGCAGCCUAAAUGGUAUAACAGUAAUGUGUUAUGUGUCUAUACAACACUAUGAUUAAAUACAUUAUCAGAUAAUGGAUUACCUGAAC